CACUGUUUAUCGUGCAGUUACUCAUCUCUAUCAAACCAUGAACGGGCUCAGAUUUCCUCAAGGUAAUCUGGCUUCCCAGAAACCUCCUGCUAAAUGCAAGGGUUUGCUGUCCUGUUUACUGACUGUUACACCUGAGGCUGGUUUUAAUACAGAUUCUGGACAUCAUAAGGCAAGCUCUCGAGUUCCCUUUGAGAAGCAGCCGCCCUCCAGCGAGAUGUCACGGCACCACAGCCGCUUUGAAAGAGAUUAUCGCGCCGGCUGGGACCGCCGGGAAUGGAGUGCCAACGGCAAUCACGUCAGCAGCGGUAGCUGCAGCAGUGCCGUUAGCAGCACCAGCAGCACCCGGCCUGGGCUGCUGCCCCUCCCCAUCGUCCCUUCUCGGAUGCCCACCCCAGCCACCGCGCCGUGCACCACCGUCAACAGCGAGGCCAUCACAAGCCUGGUGGUCAACUCAUCCGCGGCGGCCACUACCAAAACACCUUGCAUUUCCAAGACUGAAAAUCAGCCUCAAGGACUUGCCACUAGCGUUAGGUGGGGACAGACACCCAUCAAUCAGUCUACGCCCUGGGACACUGAUGAGCCUCCGUCUAAACAGAUGAGGGAGAAUGAAACCCCAGGUGCGGCGCCGUGGGUGACGACGGUGGCGCCUUUGCCAUACCUCCCCCGAACGUCGCGAAUGUGCCACGUGUGA